GAAGCGAGGAUCAGGGAGAGGCAGAUCGAACCUGCCAUUGCAGUUUCGCUGCUUUGGAGCCGUGGAAGACGUAAUUUCUUCUCUUCCUCUUCAAAUCUUGAGACAUACUUUCCAAGGAUAAGCACACUAAACGGGGCGAACAGUAAGCCGUCGGAUCCACCUGGAGUAGCCGCUGAAUAUAUAGCUAACCAUCGAUAGCUGAAUCGGGAAGCUUUUUGAUAAUGAACUUUGUCUUUGGACUUUUCCGAUCAUUUUGUUGACAUGUCGUUCAGCGUCCAGCGAACAUAAAAACAUACUGCCCGGCGCGGCGGUAGCUGGGCGAGAGACUGAAGGGAGAAUUUUGUGAUUUGGUUUGAGUGAUAUUUACAACACUAAACUUGCUCCACCGGGUGGAAGGGAACAAAAUGUCUGCCAAGGCUGCUUCCAACAAGAGUGCGGCGAUGGAGGAGACUGUGAUUUGGGAACAGCACACAGUGACUCUUCACAGGGCUCCAGGGUUCGGCUUCGGAAUUGCCAUUUCGGGCGGCCGGGACAACCCUCAUUUUCAGAGCGGGGAGACCUCCAUCGUCAUCUCCGAUGUGCUGAAGGGCGGCCCAGCAGAGGGACUACUGCAUGAAAAUGACCGUGUCGUGAUGGUCAACGCCGUCUCCAUGGAUAACGUGGAACACGCGUAUGCCGUGCAGCAGCUUCGGAAAAGCGGGAAAAACGCUAAAAUUACGAUCCGGCGGAAGCGUAAGGUGCAGAUCCCCGUGUCGCGGCCGGGCGAGCGGGAGACCAUGUCGGAGCACGAGGACGAGGACAGCUACGAGGAGGAGGAGGCGGAGGCGCACAGCGGGCCCAGCGCCUGCAGCGGGGCGGGGGCCGCCUGCCGAAGGAGGAGCGAGCGCGGGGCCGCCCGGAGAGACCGCAGCACCUCCCGUGACCGCAGCCUCUCUCCCCGCUCCGACCGCCGCUCCGUCACCUCCAACCUGCCGGCCCGCCCCGCCAAGGUCACCCUCGUCAAGUCCCGCAAGAAUGAAGCAGAAUAUGGCCUGCGAUUGGCCAGCCAUAUCUUCGUGAAGGACAUCUCCCCCGAGAGCCUGGCAGCACGGGACGGCAACAUCCAGGAGGGAGACGUGGUGCUGAAGAUUAAUGGCACAGUGACAGAGAACCUGUCCCUAAUAGAUGCCAAGAAGCUGAUCGAGAGGUCAAAGGGCAAGCUAAAGAUGGUGGUUCAGAGGGACGAGAGGGCGACUCUGCUCAACAUCCCGGAUAUGGACGACAGCAUCCCCUCCGCCAACGCCUCUGACAGAGAUGACAUCUCAGAAAUUCAUUCACUGGCAUCCGACCAUUCCACUCAGUCACAUGACAGGAACCGCCGCGGUCGGUCACGCUCCCCCGACAGGCGGUCCGACCCUUCCGACCAAUCCCGGCACUCUCCCCAGCAAGGCAGCAACGGCAGCCACAGAAGUCGAGAGGACGAGAGGAUCUCGAAGCCAGGGGCGAUUUCCACUCCUGUAAAAUUAUCAGAGGAAGUGAUAAUCUCCAAGCCGAGCGAAGAGGAAAAACAGAUCCCCCCGUUGCCAGAACCCAAGCCGGUGUACGCCCAGCCUGGCCAGCCUGAUGUGGACCUGCCUGUCAGCCCCUCCGACGCCCCUGUGCCUGCUGCCGUCCACGAUGACGGCAUUCUCAGGCCGAGCAUGAAGCUGGUGAAGUUUAAGAAAGGCGAGAGCGUGGGCCUGCGUCUGGCGGGCGGGAACGAUGUGGGCAUUUUCGUGGCGGGCGUGCUGGAGGACAGCCCUGCUGCCAAGGAGGGCCUGGAGGAGGGAGACCAGAUUCUCAGGGUAAACAAUGUAGACUUUGCAAAUAUAAUUCGAGAAGAGGCGGUGCUGUUCCUCCUUGAUCUCCCUAAAGGUGACGAGGUCACCAUUCUGGCCCAGAAGAAGAAGGAUGUGUACCGGCGGAUCGUGGAGUCGGACGUAGGCGACUCGUUCUACAUCAGGACGCACUUCGAGUACGAGAAGGAGUCGCCGUACGGCCUGAGCUUCAACAAGGGCGAGGUGUUCAGGGUGGUGGACACGCUCUACAACGGCAAGCUGGGCUCCUGGCUGGCCAUCCGCAUCGGCAAGAACCACCAGGAGGUGGAGAGGGGGAUCAUUCCCAACAAGAACAGAGCGGAGCAGCUGUCCAGCGUGCAGUACACCCUGCCCAAAACGGCCGGGGGCGACCGAGCGGACUUCUGGAGGUUCCGCGGCCUGCGGAGCUCCAAGAGGAACCUGAGGAAGAGCCGGGAGGACCUGUCCGCCCAGCCCGUCCAGACCAAGUUCCCCGCCUACGAGAGGGUGGUGCUGAGAGAGGCCGGGUUCCUGAGGCCGGUGGUGAUAUUCGGGCCCAUUGCUGACGUGGCGAGAGAGAAGGUGGCCCGAGAAGAGCCUGACCUGUUUGAGCUAGCAAAGAGCGAACCCAGAGAUGCUGGGACAGACCAGCGGAGCUCCGGAAUCAUCCGUCUCCACACCAUCAAGCAGAUUAUCGACCGGGAUAAGCAUGCAGUGCUGGACAUCACCCCGAACGCGGUGGACCGGCUGAACUACGCCCAGUGGUACCCCAUCGUGGUGUUCCUGAACCCCGACAGCAAGCAGGGGGUGAAGAACAUGAGGACCCGGCUUUGCUCCGAGUCCAGGAAGAGCGCCAGGAAGCUGUACGAGAGAGCCCUCAAACUGAGGAAGAACAACCACCAUCUCUUCACCACCACCAUCAACAUGAACAACAUGAACGACGGCUGGUACGGAGCGCUGAAAGAGACGAUUCAGCAGCAGCAGAACCAGCUGGUGUGGGUCUCCGAGGGAAAGGCGGACGGCGCCCCCGACGACGACCUGGACCUGCAUGACGACCGGCUGUCGUACCUGUCGGCCCCGGGCAGUGAGUACUCCAUGUACAGCACGGACAGCCGGCACACGUCCGACUACGAGGACACGGACACGGAGGGCGGGGCCUACACGGACCAGGAGCUGGACGAGACGCUGAACGACGAGGUGGGCCUGCCCUCCGAGCCCGCCAUCACACGCUCGUCCGAGCCCGUCAGAGAGGACCCGCCCGUCAUCCAGGACCCCCCGGGGUACGCCGGGUACCCCCACAACGCCCAGCCCGACCCCCUGAACCGCAUCGACCCGGCCGGGUUCAAGACCCCCGCGCCCCAACAGACGGCAGAGGCCACCGAAACGGCCGUCGUCGACUUGCCUCCCCUCCCACAGCCGGCCGAGUCCCCGGCCGAGACCGCGCCCCCUGCCGUCGACCCUGUCCUCGUCCCUGACACCCCCCCUGAGGAGGCCCUCCCUGAGGAGGCCCCCCAGGGCGAGCUCAGUCCCAGCCCCCAGGGUGACUCGCUUAGGAGACCCACCCCCGAGCUAGCCCUGCCCCUGACACAUGACCCCCUCCAAUCCGGACCGCCCGAUUCUGAGCCAAAGAUGUACAAGAAGGACCCGUACGGCGUGGAGGACCCGGCGAGACCGCAGGGCGUGAAGCCCCAGCAGCCCCCGGCGGUGGGCCCGCCCCUGACCUACGAGCCCCCGUACGCCAACGAGCAGCCAUACAGGGACUACGAGCACCCCUCCUACCACUACGACGGGGGCGGAAACUACCUGGAGCCGAAGCCGCACGGCUUCGACCAGCACCUGCACUUCGAGAACCGCGUGCCUCAGUACGACGAGCAGUGGUCGCCCUACGGGCAGCAGCCCGCGCCCCAGCCGCCCGGAUACCAGCCCCCCCGGCAGCCCUACGAGAACCAGCACCCGGCCGGCUACGAGGCGCGCUCGCCCUACGAGGGCGGGCCGGAGCGAGACUACAGCCCCCCGCAGCCGCGCUACGACGAGGCCCCCCUGGGCUACGACGGCCGGCCGCGCUACGGCAAGCCGGCCCCGACGCGCUACGAAGAGCUCCCUCCCCCUCCCUCCGUGGGGUACGACGGGCGCCCCCGCUACGAGCCGGAGCCCCACUCCUUCCCCCCGCCCGCCUCCCGCUCCCCCGAGCCCCCCAAACAGUACUACCCGGACCCCUCGCGGCCCACCUACAACCCCGGGGCCCCCAGCCGCGGGUACAAGCCGGGGCAGUUUGAGCCCGCCUUGAACUCGGACGCCCCCGUGCCUCCUCCCAAACCGGAGGCCCUCGCCUCCCCCGGAGACCCCGUCGCCGUGGCCCCGGCUCCCAAACCCCUCCCCCCGCCCCCCAGCGCGGAACCGGAGGACGACCCCGCCAUGAAGCCGCAGUCGGUGCUCACCAGGGUGAAGAUGUUCGAGAACAAGCGCUCCGUGUCCAUGGACCGGGGCAAGGACGGAGGAGACUCAGGGCUUAAGCCGGCGGAAUUGCCACCCAAACCCGUCGUUGCCCCUGGCCCCGUCUCCAAAUCCAACUCUCUCAGCCACCUGGACCAGGACAAGCCCUCCUACAGAGCUCCGGAGCCCCAGAGGCCCAAAGCGGCGGAGGACAUCGUGCGCGCCAAUCACUACGACCCCGACGAGGACGAGGAGUACUACAGGAGGCAGCUGUCCUACUUUGACCGCCGCAGCUUCGACAACAAGCCCGCCCCGCAGCCAAAGACCGCCCCCGCUCAGCCUGUGCAGAACUACUCCAGUAGAUAUCUUGGUACUUACACUACCUUUGACCACCUGAAAAGGAGUCAAACGUGGCCGGAUUCGGGGGAGAAGGCCAGCCCCCCACCUGAAAUAACCCCAGCCCCCGUGCAAUACAGCCCCCAGCCCCCAGCUGCCCCACCCGCUACCCUCCCCAAACCCGUCACCCCUGAAGUGAGCCCCCUGCCCGAGCCACACGGCUCUCCGAAGGCCAAGCCCGACCCGUCAGCGCUGAGACCCAACAACAGGGAAGACAUGGUGCAGAGCAACUACCUGCCCCAGAAGAGCUUCCCAGAGAAGUCCCCGGUCAACGGCACCGACGGCCCCGCCAAGCCCCCGGGAGCGCCCGCCACCUCCAGCUACAACCGCUACGUCCCCAAGCCUUACACCAGCUCCGCCCGGCCCUUCGAGCGCAAGUUCGAGAGCCCCAAGUUCAACCACAACCUGCUCCCCAACGACACUCUGCCCAAGGUCGAACCCGCUCCCAAGCCUGCGGGCGGGGUCCCCGCCCCCAACCUGAACAGCAUCACCAAGCCCCAGGUCUCCCCCCAGCCGGAGCUGGACAGCGGCCUGGACACCUUCACACGCACCCUGGACAACAGGCCCAAAUACCAGCACAACAACAUCAAUGCUGUGCCCAAGGCCAUCCCCGUCAGCCCCAGCGCGCUGGAGGAUGACGAGGAGGACGAAGGGCACACGGUGGUGGCCACGGCCCGGGGCAUCUUCAACAGCAACGGCGGCGUGCUGAGCUCCAUCGAGACGGGCGUCAGCAUCAUCAUCCCCCAGGGCGCCAUCCCCGAGGGCGUGGAGCAGGAGAUCUACUUCAAGGUCUGCAGGGACAACAGCAUCCUGCCCCCCCUGGACAAGGAGAAGGGAGAGACCCUGCUCAGCCCCCUGGUGAUGUGCGGGCCCCACGGCCUGAAGUUCCAGAAGCCGGUGGAGCUGCGCUUACCUCACUGUGCGUCUAUGACCCCCGACGGUUGGUCUUUUGCUCUAAAAUCCUCCGACUCCUCGUCGGGUACGCUGCCCUCUCUCUGUCCUUUUUUGUUGUGGGUCUUUGGGAUGCUGUUUGAAGUUGAUUGUUUUGCGCCUGACACGGGGAGAUUUGAAUCAUUUUUCAUUUUUCAUUUAUUCGGGGGGUUCCUAUUUCACUUUCUGUGGUUGCCAGAUCAAAGCGUCUUCGCACUGCUUUUAUUUUUUCUGCCACACAUCUUUAGUUGAUUUUCUUAUCCCAGUUAGGGACUUUUCAGUAAGUGCAUUUAUUAACCGUUAUGAACAAAACCGUUCACCUGUCUACAGCACCCAUAUAUCUAUGCGUAUUACGACAAAAAGCGACAGCUGGUUCUGUAAAGCAAAUGGCGUCCAUCCCACGUACAGCUCUAGAUUGAAGGAGAGCAGACGUCAAUACUGAAGCACAGGGCUUAUUGUUCUGAUCGUCAGUCAUCAGUACCUCGUUCUCCGUCUCCCUGUUAAUGAAGGGUGAGCGGUGAGACAGAGCUAUCUGAGCGUGUCCGUGUCCCAGCGCCGUAUGAAAGGGAAGCCUCCGCAGUGUUUCUUUACUGUAAACGUGCCUGCGCUCUGGAUCAGCGGCUAAUUCCGCCUCAUUUAGAGCAGGACUACAAAGCAAAUGGCACCCAGGCCUCGUCGGCCGUGCCGAUUCAGAGCGAAGAGUUUGCAGGACCGCGGAUUAAUCCUCUUAACGCAAGACAGGACCCUUUCAUUCCUCUCCUUUGGACUGUGCUUGUGGGACUCUGACUCUGUCCUCGAAUUGGGCUUUUAAUUGCGUUUUUUAAUUGGGUUUUUGUUCCAGCGGUAUUGUGGGAACUGGAAGUAGCCUCAGCAUGGGUCCUGUCUGGUAGAACUCCUGCUUCUGCUCUCGAAAAUCUCAUCUUUUCAUUUCCUUUUAACCUUUCGAAUGCUAUUCGCAACGACUGAAAAAUGCUCCAAAACUUAGUGUGUUGGAUGUGGGCAGACUGAUGAAGUGGUUUGAUCUGGCAAUCUCAUGAAACUCCUCUUUAUUUGCGUGGCUGCUUGCUUAAGGAACCAGAGCAAUUAUUUGAAACCACAAUGUCCUGUUCAUUACUGCCAGAGUGAAAUGUGAUGUGUGGGAAAUAGUCCCAGCUGCCCACUUUAAUGGAAGCUACAGUAAUUCUUGUUGCCAUGUUUUAUGUAUUAGUGUAAGAUAGUCUCAGAACGAUCUAUUUUAAUUAAAAAUGUAAGUUGUACCGGGAAGCUAUUGUACAGUAUAUCAGAGGCAGUGGUUUUCUUGGGGGGGGUUUUUGCAUAUUUUGCCCAAAGCCCAUGUAAAUCACUUAGCCAUGGGCCAGUUUUGCACCUGGUUUUACAGACUGCCUGCUUUUGAUAAAGGUGCAGCUUGGUUAGUUUUGAGCUACAAGUGAAGCCUCUGCUCUAGGCAGGGAUGUGCUCUAAACUAGCUGGGCUGGGCUGUGAGCCCAGAGUGAUAGAAUGUAUCGUCAUCAAACAUUUCUAUUUCAAUUAGCAAUGCAAACGAAGCAAACUGAGGUCCAGGAAGGUGACUUGCUCACCCCUGCUUCACGUGUGUCCUCGUCCAGAUUUACUCAAAACAAAGAAUAACGUUCCAGUUAUUUAUAUGGUAAAUUUAACCAAGGUGCGAGUCAUGUUGGGAGAAGCUGGUGUGAAAGCUUACUUCGCUGCUUUGUGCUCUCAAAAGGCAUGAAUUGCAGGUUGGGCACAAGUUUGGAUUAGAAGCUCAGUUUUGGCCCACAGAACUGUAAUGUUUGGGUGAACUUAUGUAAGUGCAAGGAACGGCAAUAUGCUAUGUUCACAUACGGGCUAUUGCAGUAAUUGGAAAGCAAGCAUUUCCAGUUUGCGUAUGUUUGAAAGUGUGAAAUAGUCCUGCUGCAAUCACCCCAUUUCCCCAUGCUAUAAUAUUCUUCCCACCCUCUCUGUGCCUUUCCCCCAGGUGACCCUAAGAGCUGGCAGAACAAAUCUCUCCCAGGAGAUCCCAACUACCUGGUUGGCGCAAACUGUGUGUCUGUGCUGAUCGACCACUUCUGAAGAGGGGAACAGCUGGUCUGUUAAAGAAUGAGAAACCUGGGGGACAGCAGAGAAGCCCCGCGCCCCGGGCCCCGGGCCCUGGGCCCUGCUCAGUGAAGUAUUAACCCUGAAUACUGCUGUCCUCGGACAUGCACCACCCCCACAGAGCCCGCCAGAGGAACCAAGGAGGCUGACAUUCAAAGUGCAGUUUUUAUUUUUAUGUUUGGUGCUUAAAGGCUCGCAAAAAAAGAAAAAGAAAAAAAAAAAACUACAAAAAAAAUAUCUAAAUAAAUAGUGACUCUCUCUAACCAUUGUUGGAAUGCAUGCUCAGUGCCAGAGACUGCUGAUUCUGAUUUUAUGCGCCAAGUUUUCCUAGUCUGACGACAAACUGCUUUGUGAUGAUGUGACGAUUUUUCAUUCAUCAUUAAUUCGAAGGAUAUUUAAAAAAAGAAGUGGAAUGGUUUUAUAUAUAUAUAUGUAUAUGUAUAUAUAUAAUUUUAUAUAUAAUUUAUAUAUACAUAUAUAUAUAUAUUACAUAUAUAUUAGUAAUAAUAUAAAUAAUACUGCAAAUAGCAUAUUUUUCUUUGCCAUUAGUUGCACAGGUAAGGACUGUGGUCACAUGUUUUGACGGAUUUGUGAAGGUUUGGAAAUGCAGUGCCAGAAGACUGAGAGUGGUGGUUUGGAAGCUUCUGGAGACUUGAACAGGCAAGAUUGGAAAAAAAAAAGAAAAUGAAGCUGAAGUAUUUACGGAUUUACUGAUCCAGCUCGUACCUCCAACCGGCUCUCUCUUUGUUUAGAACUAUGUUUUAAAACUAUUUUACCUUAUUAAUAAGCAGACUGAUUUUUACGUUGUUUUUUUGUUUGUUUUUUUUAAACAUCGGAACUCUCCUGCUGUCUAGAGAUCUAUGCAUGUGCUCUGACUCAGGUUUUCAAGCCUGCUCAGUCCAACACACAUACAAUCUCCAUCCUACACUAACAAGCAGUGAUGCCUUAUCUGCAUAUUAUUCACUUUUUCAGUACCUGAAAUACUUUAGAUUUCUUUUAAGUUAUGAUAAAUUAUGGAAAAAAUGAAGAGGUGACUUUUGCCAUUUUGUCAACCCACUGUAUAAUUGAACUUGGGUUUAGCACACGAGAAAAUUCAAGGCUGAGGAAAAGGUAUGCUCUCUUUUUCUGCUAUGCAUAUGAAACAUAAAAAAGAAAAACUAAAGUGUUGGAAAUAUGGCUGUACAUAAUGCUAGCAUAUAUGGCCUUGGUUCUUGGUUUGUAAAUGAACUUUUGUAUGUCUUUGUUAUUUUAUAUAAAACUAAACUGAGAAAAAAUAUUUCUAAAAAAAAAAAGAAAAAAGAAGAAAUUAAAUUGGUUAUCUUUGUAUUCUGGUUAUACCCCUGCGCCUUGGAACUUGUAACUUAUCAGUAAUAAAUCCCACUUUUCUACCAGUAUAUACACACUACAUGUAAACAUUUUUAACGGUCACAAAAACCUUUGUAUGCUUAUUUACAAAAGAAAAAAAAAAAGUGCUUGGUUUAAAUAAUUUAAACGACGUGUACUUUAAAGGGUCUGCUUUGAGGAGUGUCCCCUUCAUUCAUUUGUGAUACUGGAUGCUGUAUUGUGUGCCCUGAAAUGUAUUUUUGUACUAAUAGACGAUUUAUUACGGCACACCAGUACUGUUUUCUUUAGAUUAUAACACAGGCUUCAUUCAGAUAUUCGCUUUUCUUCACGUGUGGCUGAUAUUUUUGUUUGUUUUUUGUUUUCCUUUUUUUUUUUCCUUUGCAACACAUUUCUAAGUAUACCACUGUAUUGAUUAAUAAAAUCAUUUUUAAAGUAAA